CCAAGGCCUAGAGGGAAGGAGCCAGUUCCUGGUGGCAAGCAGUUCAGACAGCUCCCUGCUACACCGGCCAUGGUACUCCCUCUGCCCUGGCUCUCAUGUUGCUGCCGUCGCCUCCUCCUGCCUUCCUGGCCCCUGGCCCCCCAGGGCUCCUGGAGGUACUGCUCCCAGAGCCCCAAGGCAAGCACAGAAGAGCAAACCAGCUCCACAUGCAGUGGGAAGGGUCCCCGACCCCGCCCCACAGCUGAGCUGGCUCAAGCGGAGGAAUUGCUGGAGCAGCAGCUGGAGCUGUACCAGGCCCUACUGGACGGGCAAGAAGGGGCCUGGGAAGCUCAGGCCCUGGUGCUCAAGAUCCAGAAGCUGAAGGAACAGAUGAGGAGACACCGAGAGAGCCUAGGAGACGCCUAAGCUUCCCACCAGUUCCCACUUUACCUUGGGUCAGAAACAUCCCAGCCCCUCCCAAGCCACUAAGAAAAAUGGAAGACACCUCCACAAAGGGGAACAAUUGGGAAGUAGCAAGGAGCCAUGGCCUCUGCAUUCUUAGUCACAUCACCCUCCCCUCUGACCCCUUGUCAUCUGACCUGGGCCCCACAGCAGGGCACACAGUCCUUAUAGGAAUAUACACUGAACCAUGGUCCAACCUCACCCCAAAUCCAAUAAAGGGAUGGAACACUUACAGACACCACA